GGAAACUUAUUCCGAUACCCAAUACAAAAUAACUAAACAAAAGUAGGAGAAAUUACAUGUUUGCUUGAAUGGCUUGUGAUUUGUGAAAACGAAGAGCCGCGUUGUGAAAGCACAAUUUAUAAAAAUUCCCCUAAAUGCAGUUUUUCUGCGUUAUAAUGCGGAUGACACCGUGGCAAUAAGCAUCGAAAGCGUAACCCCGUGGCAAUAAGGUGUGUCUGUGUGUGUGUAAAAUUUCUGUUGUUUUCUGUAGCUUUCUAUUGUUUUUGCCUACUCUUCCCGUUCUCAAACAAGUAAUUCCCUUCUUUUUGUUUGUUUAUUCAUGGGCCUUUACGAAACGGCGAAUUCGGAGGGCACAAUCAUUUUGGUCUACGCUCAUUUUGCUUCGCUGCGUUUGCUCCAUAAAACGAAUGCUCGACGCUUUAUUUUUUUAUGGAAGAAAAAAUCAAAUACAUUACUUGUUUGUUUUUAUAGUUAAACGUUAAAAAUGUAUGGUAAGCCUAACCAUAAUGGGUUGUUUAUGGAUGUAUUAGUUCUGCCAAUGAAAUUGACACAGAAGCUCGAUCGCACAUAUACAUAUUUGCUCGCAGAAUACGCAAGUUAACGGAUAUUUAAACAUCUAUUCAUAAUUAUUUACUCUGAAAUAUUAAAAACACCAAAAAGCACCAAUGUUCGCAGUUGUUCAAAUAAAAACUUUUGAAAAUAAGUUAGGACAAAAUACGUACACAACACAUUUGGCUGGCGUAGAAUGUAAGAUUGAGUCAAAACAAUGAACCAUCCGCCAAUUUCUAGUUAUAUGUAUAAAAACACCACCACUUCCAUGUACAGUUGGCAGAUAAUAGUCACGGCGAAAAGUACUUAAUAAUUUCGCACUUAAAAUGUUUGCGCACAUUGCCUGUCGCGCACUGCCGCUUUUGAUUGCGGUCUAUACCACCGUUUCUCAUGCCGAUGGCUUCAUUGGCGGUAUACAAACCAAAAUUCAGAAUUAUCCAGCCGUGGCCUCUUUGGAGACAAGCAAUGGAACAGUUGUCUGUGGCGGUGCUUUAGUCAGCACGAGUGUGGUCGUCUCUGCUGCGCAAUGCUUGGAGUACAACGAUCCUGCAGACCUGUACGUCCGUCUGGGCACCAGCGACUAUGGCAGUGGUGGAGAGCGCAUUUCCAUUGCCUCCUACAAAAUUCAUGAGGACUUCAAUUGCGACACCAUGGCCAAUGAUUUGGUUGUAAUUAAGCUGGCAAAAUCAAUUAAGAAAACAAAGAAGGUGCGUACCAUAAAAAUGCCUAAGAAGGAACCAAAAGCUGGAAAAAUUGGUGCGAUAGUCGGUUGGAAUGCCAAUGAGCAGCUCGCCGAAGCUGAAGCGAAAAUUAUCAGCACUAAGGCAUGUGGUUCUGGCCAAUAUGCCUAUAGGAGUGAUGACCUAACCGCUAGUAUGCUCUGUGCAGCGCCGGUGGAUGCGCAAGUAUGUGAUGCACAACCGGGCACACCGUUGAUAAUUAAAAGAAAUUUGGUUGGUUUGGUUUCAUGGGGCUAUGGUUGUUGUGGUGAUAAGGGCCACCCAGUCAUUUACACAGAAAUCAGUAAGCUUCGUAAAUGGAUCAAGAAUACAGCAAAGAAAUUAAAAAAUUAAACGCACAGACGCAAAUAUUAAAUAAAUAAUUCUUAUGAAAAAUG